CUUGGAGAGGUGUGUGGGUUGACUGAGGUUUGACAAAAAGAAAGAAAGAAAAGUGACUUCUGGGGAAAUUACUGAAGGGAGCAUCAUCUUUCAAGGAUUUUUUUUCUUUCCUGAAGAUAUUAAAACAUCUGGGAGGAGGAGCUGUUGUUGAUCACAUUCCUUGAGAGUAUGGUGGACGUGGAAAUAAAGGGCAGGUACCACUGACCUCUGAUGAGAUGGUGUGGGCACGUUACAGGGUGAUUCAACAGUCUUAGAGAGGCUUUUAUAAGCAAUAAUCUUGCUUAACUUCAGGUUGGUUUCUUGGUAGGACUUCAGCAGUUUUAAGGAAUUUGAUUUUUUUUUUAAGAUAAUUGCUCUCUAAGGAAAACUUUAUGCAACUGAAUAUUCCCAGGAUCAUUUUGAAUGUUUUUGAAGUUAACUUUGGGAAGUAUUGCUGAAUAUUACACUUUCAUCCUUUGGACAGAUUCAGAAUUUUUAAAUAAAUUUAAUGCAAAAAUCUUGAUGUUGCUAUCCAAUUGUAAUUUAGUGUAUACUGUGAGACAAAUAUUGAGACCUUCUGCUAAUAAUCUGAUCUGAUUCUCAAAAACAUUCAUCAGUCAGUCCUGAUUAAUUUCACCUUAGAUUCACUGUUUUGAGGGCAAGAAAGAAAAAGUGAUGGCACAGAAAGAAGGAGGAACAGAGCAAGGCCAGGUUAAGACAGGGGAUCUCGGGGCCAAAGCAACCAUUGCAGGGGCCCCUACAGCAGGAGGAGGAGUGGUGGUGGAAGUCAGAGAGAAGAAGGGACCUCUACGGGCUGCAAUACCCACAAUGCCUUUCCCUGUGGCUGUCAUCUGUCUGUUUCUGAACACCUUCAUACCUGGACUCGGUACGUUCAUCUCAGCAUUCACAGUGCUGUGUGGAGCUCGCAGUGAGCUGAUCUCAGAGCGAGGGGUGUGCUGUGUGUUCUGGCUCAAUGUGGCUGCGGCUCUCAUCCAGAUACUGACGGCUGUCAUCAUGGUGGGAUGGAUCAUGAGCAUCUUCUGGGGAAUGGACAUGGUCAUCCUGGCAAUUUCUGAUGGCUAUAGAGACCAGGGUUUUCCUCAGGAUGUCUGAGCAAGGUCGCUCUCAUGCUUGCUGAUGGAUCACACUGACAGUUUAAAUUCCCUGACACCUGAUGGUGACCUUUAUCUUAGUGAAGACCUGUAGAUGCCUGUCUUUUAAACGCCAGAGAGACACAAAGACAUGAAAACACUCAACCGCAAGGAGGUGACAAAAGCAACAGAUCAGGUGACUUGGAAAUCUUCUGAUUGCAAGAAGCAAACUUGAAUAUGGAGUUUAGAUAAUAAGGAAGGGCAAGGCCAAGGAAAAAGAGACUAACUGUACAGUUACCUCUGAUAAAGUAGAUCAAAUAAAACAAGUGUUUGGUAUUUUGUUGACUCAAAUUGUAUGGGUUUUUUAAGUGUUGACAAGUUUGGUUGAUCUCUUUGCUAAAAUAUAUUGAACUGUUACACUUGUACCUUGUAGACUUGAUGUUCUCUUCAUGUCAGGAUGGAUAACAGAGGAACGGGGCAAUGUGUGGCAUGAAUGUGUAAAAAAUUGAAGAUAUUGAUUUGUAACUUCAUCCUGUCUUUUGCGUUGUGAAUUUUUGAGGAAGAAGGGAAGGAAAAAUGGAAAUACUGUACAAAGGAUUGUACUGCACAUCUAAAACAUUCAUUUUUUAAAUACAUGAUCAGGCUCACAACAGUGUUUUCAACUAAGUUUAACAAGGGUAUAAACUGCCUUUUAACUGGCUGCCUAGAGCAGCUGCAGCUAUUCCAGUGUUAAGAUGUGUUCAGACCAAAAGUGAAGGAAAUUAAAGUGUGUUUGAGCACAUGACAGUCAUGUAAUUGCCAUAAAUGGAAAACAACUUUACUAAAUUGACAGCAUGGGAAGAUUUGUAAACAGGUAAAAGGCAUUUUUUGUCCAAGAGAGUCUGGCUGCAGACCAUUCAUCUCUGCCAACCAAUCUUACAGACUGUUCAUCUGAAACACUGUUUAUCUCAGAACACGCUUAUGCUUUCAAAAUAAAAUCAGAGUAAACUUCCAUUUAGGGUCAUGGUAAGGGUUAGGAUACCAAAAGUUAAAAACCUGACCUGCAAAACUUGAUGACAAAAUGCUGAAUAAGGCUGAGUAAACAGUCUGCUUACAGGAAAAAGUCUUGUCCUCCAUUAAAACAUUCCAACACUGCAAAUGUAGCCUAUAUAGCCCCAUUAGCUGCGUAAGCUACAUAGAUAACAAAGCUACAUAGCCCAUGCUAAGCAGCUUCAUAUCUACUUGAUCUAUGUAGCUAAGUUAGCUUUAGAUACAUUACCUGAAACUCAUGUUGCUAAAAAUAACUUAGCUACAGGUAAAAGAGCUACAUAGCUAAUGUAGCUAAAGCUAUGCAUACAAAGCAGCCAUCUAAGCUAUGUAGAUACAUUAUCUACUUAGCUAUGUUAGCUGUAGUUACAUUUACGACAGCUCAUAUUGCGAAAGAUAACUUAGCUAUAGAUAAUGGCGCUACUAAGCUAAUGUAGCUCAAGCUAAACUCACAAAGCAGCUCUGUAAGCAACCUAGAUAUGUUAUGUAUGUAGCUAAGUUAGCUUUAGCAAUGUUUGUUAAAGCUCACAUUGCAAAAGCUAACUUAGCUAGAUUGCCUUUUGUAAUAACGUUAACUACAUAGCUAGUAUAUCUAUGUGAGCUUUAGCUAAAGCUAAUGGAGCUGAAGCAAACCGUGUUAGUGUAACUACUUCUAAAACAGGUCAAUGCAUAAUUCAAUCAAAAAUUAGAGGUAGAUUAGAGGCCUCUUUGUCUUAUUUAUGAAAUGUUUUUUAGUCUGUAAUCUUUGCAAUGUGGUUAUUUCAUGAAUAUAAAUAAUGAAUAAAGGAUAUUUUAUAAAAAAAAAAAAAAAACAAUCUAAAAAUGGAAAUAUGUUGUACCGGAAAAUUACAACACCUCUUCCUGAGACAUACGGGGUCUCAGAUGAACAGUGUGAGAGUGAACAUCAGAAAUGUAUGGUCAUAGCCAGACUCCUCUCUUUUUGGUCUCUCAAAAAAUGAUACUCUUGAAAGUCAGGGACUUCUGAGUGAUUAUUAGCUUUCAAGGUUACCAGCAAUAUGAUGUUUGUGAGUUUGCUAUAAAAUAGCAUUUUAGCUAUUUAACAUUACCAGAACAUUGCAUAUUGUCAAAGUUACAAUAUGUUAUCUCUAAACUUUCAGCAUAGAUAAGUCAUCUUUGUGAUUGUUGAUAGACUGUAGUACAAGUGUAGCCAUCCAGAGUUAAUCCUUAGUUUAGGAAACAGGAUAAAAAUACACCUGAAUGUCAAAAUUGAUAUUUUGAGCUUUUGCGGACACCCCAGGUACACUUUUAACCAUGCUGAAGGAACUGAAUUAAGGUCUCAAUUUUAGACUGAUCACAGGCUUCUAGCAACAGGUGGCUGCAUUACUCUUUACUUUACUCAUUACUCUAGAUAAAGAAUUUUAACAGGAUAGUGGGUCUAAAUUGAUUUUAAAAUCUAUUAGUUUAACCCACUAGUAAAUAUUGUGCCAACAACUGGAGAGGGAUCUGGUUGCAGAUUGUAUGUCUCAGUCAAUCAAUCUCUGUUUGUAUAGUGCCAAUUCAUAACUGAUGUUAUCUCAAGACACUUUACAAAGAGGGCAGGUCUAGACCGUACUAUCUGUUAUGGUCUAUUAUAACAGACCAGUGUUAAACAUUAAUAUUAUAACAAAGACUAUACCCUAUUAUAAUAGACCAGUGUUAAUCACCAUGAGCACAGCACUAGCGGUAUUUAGCCCAAUUAUAUUUUAGACAUAAACCUUCCCCUGAACUGGCAGGACUGUUGAGCAGACUAUUCAUUUUAGAGCCAUCUCUGUCAGAACAGAAAUACUCACAAAAAAUGUAAAAAUAAAAUUAGAUUCAACUUCUGUUAAGGGUUAAGGUAAUGGUUAGGAUACCAAAAAGUUAAGUCAAAAACCCAGCCUGUGAAACCAUAUUACAAACAGUACAAUUGGGAAAAGCCCAAAAAUUUAAAGUAAAGUAAAAAUAAAAGUUCUAAAGUUAGUCUGCCUACAGGAAAAAAAAAGCUUGGCCUCUAUGAAAACAUUCUAAUGCAGUUAACGUAGCUAAGGCUUAACCUAACAAUGCUAUAGUGGCUAUGAAUAUAAUGAGCUAAUGUAGCUAACUAAGAUACAUAACUAUAGCAGCUACAAAGCUACAUCAGUAUCAGCAUAGGUCUUGUAGCUUCAUUAGCUCUAGUUUAGCUACAGUAGCUGUGUUAGAAUGUUUUCAUGGAGCUACCAUAGCUAUGGAGCUAAUGUAGCUGAAGCUGAUCUCACAUAGUAGCUGUUUAGUAUAUGUGGUUAUGGAAACUCCAUUCAAAGAUUCCAACACAGCUAACCUAGCUAAGGCUUGAGCUAACAAAGCUAUAUUGGCUAUGUAGAUAAUGUAGCUAUACAGCUAACAUAGCCAAUGUAGCCAAUGUGGCUAAUGAAGCUGUAUAACUAUGGUAGGGACAUAGCUACAUAGCAUCUUUAUCUAUGUAGGUAAUAUAGCUACAUUUGCUUUAGCCUUAGCUACGCCAGCUGCGUUAGGAGGCUUUCAUGGAGCUACCAUAACUACAUAGCUAUGUAGCUUAAGCUAGGCUUACAUAGUAGCUAUUCAGUAUAUGUAGCUUUGGUAGCUCCAUGAAAACAUUCCAAUGCAGCAAACGUAGAUAAGGUUAAAGCUAACAAAGCUGUACCAGGUUUGUAAAUAAUGGAGCUAAUAUAGCUAAAGCUUUGUUCCGACAGUAUUUACAGAGCUACGUAGCUAUGGUAUCUACGUAGGUACAUUAGCUUUGGUUACAUUUGCUAUUCAAUACUCCAAAUGAUGAUAAUGGAGGUAUUUUCCACUCUUUUUGAAACUAUUUGUUUAGUUGCCCUAAGUUCAGAUUUUUUGUCUUCUCUGGCAGUAUUUCCCUCCAACAGGAAGUCAUUUCUAGUUAGCAAUAUCUCAUUGCUGGGUACAAGAUGUCUGUCAAAUCAACAGCACAGAGCAGUGCUGAAAUGACUCAUGCCUCCUCAUAAUAAUUUGAUUUGAAGUUUCACACCUUUUCAAAGUGUAAAUCAGUGUCACAGGGAUUUUGCACGUUAUUAUCUAAUCAGCAGUUCCCACUCAUGGGAAGCAGAGUCCCCACAGUGUCUGUCACACCAUGAUGGCGAUGCAAUUACAGUGAAGUUUGAGACUCCUGUAAGGAGAACUAUAUUUGAGUUGUUUUAGCAGAGAUUAAUCUUCAGAUAGAACAUUUUCAGGUUCCCUGUCCUGUGUGUACAUUAUGUAUAUAUUAAUGUGUGGGUGUUUGGAAUAUUGGAGUAUAUUUGGUGAAGCCUCAGUGUAAUUUUGUACCAUGUAGGAGAAGUUGUGUGCACAAGUGUACAGUAAAGCUCAAAUAGUUGUAAUAUUUAACACAACUACUGUGGAACAGUUGAUCCAAACAAAGCCUUGAGUUUCUUGUGAUACAACAGCAGAUUUCUCAUGCACUGCAUCAUUGGCUCACUUCCCUGAAAGAUAUCAAAGAGUAACAAAAGUCAAACAGCCUUAAACAAGAGGAAGCAAACCAGCUAGCCUUAGACUUAGCACUUAUGGAAAGUGGUGCACUGAAUACAAAAGCCUGUGAGCGUGUUGCUGCUUUUUACCUCUCUUUAAAUCCACCAGACCCCAUGAAGAAUUCAAACACGAAGAACUGAGAUAGCUCUAGUCAUAGUGAACUCUGACUCCUGCUUGUGCCUCUACAGAAAUCUAACUUCUUGAUUCAAGAUGUGCUUUUAUUGUCAUCUGAGUUUAAUUUCCCUGGAUUAUCUUUAGUAUCUUAGACAUAUGCCUUUAUAAAAGUUCCGCUGUAUUUUGUAUGAUGAUGUUUUUCUAUGUUUUGAUUGUGUCAGUGUUUUUGUAAGAGACAGGUGAGAAGCAAUGAUGAUAAUGUCUCGAACUGUGAUGUUUUCUGCCUUACAAAUGACCAAUGUUCUCGCAAAGGGGUUUUGUAGCAGUGGUGCUGAAGUUUGUUUUUUUUUUUCUUUUUGGUUUUGGUGCAAUGUUAAGGUCUUAUAUAACUGCAAUUUUAUUGUAAUUAACCUAUUAGUCCUUAUCAAUGAUUCUACUUUCCAUCAGGGUAAUACUUACAAGUGGUAUUUUUUUAAACAUAGUGGUGUUGUAUUAGAUUUAUGACUACAUGAUUUAAAUACUGCCAUGUACAGUUUUCUGCAUGUUUAGCUUUGGUGUGAAGUCACUGUAUUAAUAACACCCUAUCACACACAUAUGAACGUUAGCAUUUUGAGAUUGUAGCGUAUUUCUGUGACUUUUGCAACAAUAGUUUUAUUUUAAGCCAUUUGAGCUAACUAAGACAAAAUCUUGUGAUUAAAAGUUUUGGUCUCCUAAAUUUGUGCGACUAAACUUAUUUGUUUUGUUGCUCACUAGAGAUGGUUUUCCCAGCUGGUUGAGGAUUUAUCCUCUGAGCCACAAAGACAUGAGCAGAUUGUGUACCUCUUGAAACAGAAAUACACUCCAGUAAGUACUUUUCAGUGCCAAAUCACAGAGUAUUGCUUAGCUCUGUCAGAUUCAAAAAUAAUACUGUUAAAAGGGAAUAAAGUAUGUGUGAACAUAGGCCUCUCACAAGCAUAUGACUAAACAGACCUUUCAGAUUAUAGGCUUUUUGACUACAUACAAAACCCCAAAUAGUCUGCAAAGCCGGCAUCCAAGAGGAUGACUGCAACAAUGCACAACAGGAAGAUACAAAUAAAAUGGA